ACCAGCGGUCUUAGUAAGUUACGAACUGCAUGCAAGUGCGCAUCGAUCAUAUUGACGGCUGUCUCUCGGCUGAUCCCGACGGUAUGUCUUGAUACGCUUCGCUGUUUCCUUUUUUUUUUCCUCGUCUCCGUAUUGCAAUUUCGCGUCGGUACCGUUGGAUUCUCACUUCGCAGCGGGAUUUUCCGGGAUAAAUCUAACAAACUGGCUUGGAGUUUGUAAAUUUGUCAACUUACGAAGAUUUAUCGACGACGACGACAACGACGACGACGACGACGACGACGACGACGACGACAGAUAGAGAGGAAAAACUCGCGCGUUCGAAAGAAGGCAAUUCAACGACGAUAGAGCAGUGUGAUACGCGACGAAGAAGAAAAACAAGACCUUGAACGAAGUGCGCGUGUGCAUCACGAGUGCUCGCGAUUUUACCGCUCGCUUUAAUUGUCGCGCUAUUUAUCUCUUGCCGACUACCGCACCUUCGUGCGAUCGUACCUACAUAUCGUUCGGAAAAAAAAACCCAAGACAAUUUAUUGAAGGAUAUACGAAUACAUAUGAUAUUAAAUUAUAAUUUGAAUUACAAUAUUCAAGAUAUAUGUAUACAUAUAUCUCGUAAGCGGGAAAAAGGUGUGCACCGCGAGAAAAGAGGGCGAGACGAGAAAACGCGCUAGAAAAGUGACAAAGAGAGGAGGAAACUGUCCAUUUCCCGAGGCGAAGACUUCUUGCCGUCUGCUUUCCCUUCCUCCUCUUUUAAUUCCGUAUGCUCGUAUUUCGUAUUACGAUCGUAAAGUGCCGUCGCGACGUGCGAGUACCGUGCAACGCGAAGGAUCGCGCAGCGGAUGCUGUACGUCUCUAAAUCGCAGUCAUACGAACGUGCACGUGUGGCGCAGCCAGGGUGCUGCAGACGGCCGCGCGGUAACGAACGAAUUACGCGAGAAUUCCGUAUGCGAUACACGCGGGUAAGGGGAUUCUUUUCGAUCGAGCGCGCCGCGCCGCGAGCCGCGCCGGCGGAUCUUGCGUGAUUACUAGAUACAGUGUUGCUCGCGCGUGACGAGAGCCAGUGGACCCUCACACGAACACCGUCAAUUUAUCCAAAGCCUUCAUUAUACGAAACAACCACUGCGAGCCAGCAAGAAGGCACAGAAAGAGAAAAAAAGAGAAAAAGAGAGAGAGAGAGAGAAAGAAAGAGAAAGAGACAGACAACAGGAAAGUAGAGUGAUAUUGGAUAGAGAUAGAAGAAUUUGCAAAACAGCUCUAUGCACAAGACAACGGAUAAUAAUCGCCGUUAUCUCGUUUGAACGAAACCAGAUCCGUCAAUUUCUUUGCUCUUGGUGAAAGAUCUGAUCACAAUCAUUGUGACAAGAGAAGAGGAGAACGGCUUUUCGUCAAUUAAUAUUAAAGUUCUUCGAGCGCCAUGAGUAACGAUGAAAGAAGUAGACCUAUGAAGAGAAAAUUAGAAUACGAAUCAGCAGAUUCGACACCCACUAAAAGAAGGAAAUCUGAUCGGAAGGAUCCGACGUGUGGACGAUGCAAAAUUCAUGGAGUGGUGGCAAUUAAGCUCAAAGGACACAAGCAUUACUGCCAAUUUCGAGCAUGUAGUUGUGAAUUGUGCUCUAUUUAUCUGAGAAGAAAAAGAUUAUCGGCAGAUCAGAUAGCUUUAACAAGAGCGAGAAAAUUGAGCGAAGAGCAUAAAAGAUUACCUGAAGAGGUGCCAUCAUCGAUUUUAAACAUCAUUUCCCACAGAAAAUGUGGUCUCCACAUUUUAGUGGAACAUACUUGGAGGGAGAUGAAAGAUCCUCUCAUCGUGAGAUAUAUUCAUCCAAAGAUGUUGCGUAUCUUCGACAUUCUCGUUCAAUAUGCCUAUCACUUGGACGAGGGAAUUACAUUGGAGAGCCUUUUGAAAUCUGCUAAAGACUGCAUCUCCCAAGUCAUUCAUGAAGACCCGAUGUCAUACAUGAUGACAUUCCAACAAGCAGCAUGCUGUUAUCUUGCGCCACCGGUCGUGAGAGCUUCAGAGGAGGCGCCUAUUGGAAUAAGAUCGCUGCAGUAUCCAUUCCAAAAUUUUCCAAAAUUUUGGCCGACUGACUCCCUGUCAAUAUUAGCGUCAAGUACAUCUCCGUUUCCUGAAAACUCGAUAAAACCUCCAACUGAUCCAGCCAUUAAACCUUUUACUGAUCGUACUACUGAACCUCCUACCGAACCUUCUGUAUCUUCUGACUCUUCCACUGAAUCUUCUACAUAUUAUUGAUCAAUCGCUGAUAAUCAGUGAAGUAAAUCGACGAGAAAAACAUGUCGAAUCCAAAGAAACUCGCGUCGCCUCCGAAGUGAUAGAACGGCUGUCGGGACGAGCAUCGGUUCUGACUAUCGAUCAUCGCCAACUCGUUUCGGACAUCGUUUCACGAGGUGUACGGCCAGCACUGCUACAUACCCAGUGGACCGAGCAAAUCGCUGCCAAUCGAGGAACACUUGGAGAAGUCGCGAUAAAGUCGUCGUGUCGGUUCCGCGGCAUAUUCCAAGACGUUUUUCCAUCCUUCGCUCUUAAUCCCCGAUUGCAACCGCGGUCUCUCGUGGGAAGACGAAAGAGAAAACUUGGAAAAAUUUCCGCUGCUUUACAAACUCUCUCACGAUGAUUAACGCCAUCGCGUUCUGCCGCGGUAAUAGAUCGAGCGAUCGUGGACCGCCAUGCGGACCAGCGGGAUCGUUAAGAUUCAUAGAGCGUAACUUUGCUCAUUUCCAAGCGGUCAGUCGCAUCUCUCCGAGGGACAGAGACGCUGAAUUGUACACGUCGCGCGCGGAUUUUCGUUUCGGGACGAAACGAAAUCGACGGAGCCUGAUGUUAUACGGCGAGGCAACUUCCGCGAGAGGCAGCUCGAUCAAACGGGAUCCCGGAGAACGAGAACGCCGUGACAUGCCGCUUCUGACUCCCCCUGAGCGGUCCUUGUUCGACGAGUUCGUAUCUCUCGCGUCCUCCUAACGUGUCCGCCCAUUUUUAAUUCGGUGUAAGAACUUGCGAUGGCAAGAUGCAAAAACAGCGGCAAGCUCCCGCUGCGGAGAGACGGAACGUAAGCGCGACAGGCGUCAAGCGGAUCGCUAAAGGAAUCUGUCCAAUCGUAAGCGACGGUUUUAUUCGCUGGUCCACCUCAACGACACGUGUGUGGCCAAUUUCGCGUGUGUGGACAAUGGAUGGUAGCGGUGGCCGCGUUUGCAGGCGAGGCGCUGGCCGAAUUAAUCGACAGACUAUAGUGAUUUAACGCUUUCUGCUUUAUUCAUAUAUAUCACACGCAUAUUUGACUACUGCAAACGCCGUUUUCUCGAUUUAUAUGUGUUGUUCAAUGUCACUGGAAGGUGCGAGACGUGCAGCCCACGCAUGAUCGAACAUUUCAAUCAUCGAUACAUCAUGUAAUACUUAAGUCUCGAUAGAUUUUUCUGCAUAUAAAAUCUCUCUGUUGAUCAAAGGUGGAAUGUAAGAGAUAUUUUUUUAUUCCACUUUUGAGGUAUAUUCACGGAAAUCAUGCUUGUCCAAUGCUCAAAGAAUGGACAAGUGACAACCUUUUAUUCUUAAUAAUAUUGUAAAACGUAAUUAUCAUAGUGAUUAUCAUAGUGAUUAACGUGAGUGAAUCAUUUCGAUGAUGAGUAAAUCAUUAAUCUUCGGAAUCGUGAGUUAAUCUAAAUCCAUAUUAAAAUUCUUUUUCGCGCCGUGUACGACGCAUUAUCAUAUUCUCCGAUAAUUAAAACUUUUUUUCACAAAGGCGUGUGCAUCUGCGCGCAUAAUCGCAAAAUCGGCGGAUGUAUCAAUCGUGCGAUGCGGCGCAAUAAAAUAGCCGCUAAAAAAAACUGGUCGCUCCACCUCGCGGCAAAUUAAUUUACAAAUAAGAGCACCGAAAAACACUGUCCCUUCGAUAUGCAGUCUCAUUCUCUUCGGCUUGCUUCUUUUCUCGGCUUGCCUCUCUCCCGGUCUUCUCUCGCUCUUCUUCGCGCGAAACACGUUUCGAGCAACAAUUUGAUGCAUAGCCCGAUCGAAUAUUACCAUAGAAUACUUAAUGACUCAUUUCCGUAAAUGAAUUUGCGAACAUGUACGCCGCGCUACGUCAAAUUUAUCAUCAUCGUCUCGUUUAAUUUGUAACUGAGGAAUUAAUUUGCAUUUCAAGCGGGUGUUUGUAGAAACAAAAAAAGAUUCACCCUUGAGAGAAUUCAUAUUUCACGUAAAAUUUUACGACUAAAUUUUUUUUCUUUUUUCUUUAUUCGUACAUAUAAGAUGUGUUAUUUCUCUUAGAACUUUCUGUUAUGUUUCUUGCUUAGAUAUUAAUAAUAAGAUUAGAGAUUUAACUAGAGUUAAUUUAAAUAGCUUUACAAACACGCGUGCAUUCAUAUAUAUGUAUACGGUAUACACGUGAUUACUUUAUUCUCUUACUGUACAUCGUACUGGGAGUUCUUCAGAGAUGUUACAACAGGUUCGUAUUUGCAUAAGAAGCGCCGUUCUACUUUCGCCUUGCGAAGAGAAAUUCUCACGGACAGCACAACGGUGACUCCAGACGAUUGACUUUUAAUUAACCAUCGCACGACAUUGCACGAAGUGCACGCACUUGGUGCAAUCUCUUUGUUACGUGUGAGUUUCGCGUCAGAUGUCUGUAUGAAAACAACAUACAUGGCGACCUAUCGGGUAGCGACCGUUAGCCUAUAAUUUUCGGCAUCCUGGCGUUUAUUAUCCCGCAAUUGUAGUUUAAGGCAGCUCGCUUCGACGCCGCUGUACAUACGGCUAAAUGCAUAAAGAAAUGCGACUGGAGUGCAAUUGCUUUAUCAUCUCGAAUCAUCCGGCGGAGGAAUGAACGAGUAAAUCGAAUUACGCGACGCGACCUGUUGCACUCGGGCCGUGUUCCGAUAUGCACUGGCUCGAUAGAGCAGGAGCACUCUAUUCUUCCGCCGCAGAUAUUCUUCGCCAUUCUCGAAAGUUACAUCGAAUUCGUUAAACGAUAUUCUCGUGAAACUUAAGAGUCGCGAAGUGUCAACGGAAUGCUCGUCGUAAACGGCGUGCGUAAACGUGCAUUGUACUCACGUCUGUUACCUGCUUGCGUGUGAAACAUGUGAAUCACAUAUAUCUACACGCACACGUAUCACCUCGGUUAGAUAUGCGUGCGUACGUUCGUACAUUUUACAAAGCGCUAUGAACGAUGCGUCGAAUUCUCUACGAUUUCUUAGAAAACAGGACUCAUUCAUGACUUUCCGACAGCCUCUAGUGUCAGAGAAACUGAAAGAGAUUGGGAUUUUAGCGAGCAAUUGUGAAUAAACCGUCAAACUAUCAAUUACUAUGAGAUGCUUUUAUUAUUUCGGCAAAUUUUUUUCCAAAGCCUGUAAAGUAUUCAAUGUCGAAAGGAAAGAUUUAAUUUGAUUUUUAAUCAGUAAUUAUAUUAAAACACUAUUUUCAUCAUUUUAAUCCGUAAUUCGAGUAAUUAAAAAUCUAUUUUCCAACAAAUUUCGCCGUGAUGUAACGUACGUCUCGUACUUUGAACAUUAAUGUCCGUACGACUCGGGCGAGAUAACCCCUUAAAUUCGACGAUCGUUAAUGCACUUUUCGAAGGUACACGAUUUUUAGAGAUUCGACAAUUUCGACACGAGCGUGAGGUGCUGCGCUAAGGCGCUCGUAUAGUAGGUCUGCUCUAUCUUUGCGAAUUUUACAUGCUGUCGCCAUAUUUUUUUAAGCAAUCACUUUUAAUAUAAACGUAAUGUAAUAAUUUAUCUCGUAAGUGUAUCCGUUAAAGGCACACAUCCUUUCACUUUUUAGGUAAAAGUACUCGCGCCGUUUGAAUAAUAAAUGCGCGACGCGAGUAUUAAACUACUGGUGUUAGCGAUGGCGAUUAAUUCGGUCCUUACAUACUUAUUCGUAAUAUCUAUCGUUUUUUUUUUUUUAAUUGUAAGUACUUAUUAAGAGACUUAUUCGCGAAUAGUUUGCCGUGAAGCCAGCUCUCUACAAGGAAUUAGUUAUUAAUUGCUGUUUAUUUCUUUAAGAAUCGCUCGUUUCACGCAGUUCGUCGAUGGAAGGAUAGUGGGUUUAAUAUUUGACGUAUAUAUAUUAUUCUAAUCUAAUAGAGUAUUUUCUAGCACAAGGAGGGUCGUAAAUUCUCUCGGUUGUGAGUUCGGUUGUGAAAAAGAGCACUCUUGCAUGAUGCAAAAUGCUACUUCUCCCCCCGAUCGAGAAGAUCCUUCUAAGCGUUAUUCUACACUUAAUAAGAUUGUCUUUUGUUGAAAAAAAAAAAAAAAUUAUAAUAGACACCAAGUUCUCUAGUAAUCGACAACUACGUACCAUAUUAGGAUACUUUACUGAACCUUCUAUCUAAAAUAGCGUAUGCGCUGUAACGCGACUGUAAAAUUAUUUUCGUAAUGAAUAUUGUUGUUUAAUAGGCUAUCAAGAUCUAACGGCACAAAGCAAGCAGACAUUUGAAGAACAUAAAAAAACUAAAGAAAAAAUACACCGGCAGUUAUAUAUUCGCACGAAGCGUCGAUCUACAUGUGAAAACGCUAGAUCAUGAAAUCAAUCGCAAUGAAUUUCGCAUCUUUAUACUCGUGACUCGCAUCGAACGAGUCCAAUGUAGCUAAAGUGUAAAAAGCAUGAAACUUUGUAAAUCGUCUUUGUUUAAUGAUUCGUAACCAGUGACAGUAUCCGAGUUAAAGAAAGGAGGAUCCCGAGUGUCUACUUAAUAAUACCUAUCUACUUGCUCUAAUAAAUUUGGCUGUUGUAGUUAUUUGUACAACGAUUCGUAGAAAGAUACCGUGUGAUGGAAAGUAUGGUAAUGACAACGACCGUAAGAUGAAAGAUGAUUAUGAUUAUGAUGUGAUGAAAAUGGAAGGGUACCUUUGCAUGGAAGAAAAUAAGAAAGUGAAAUGGAACGAAUAUGGAGCGUACGCAUAUUGUUGUUUAUUAAGUGUUAUGUUAUAUGGCAUAUAAAUAAAAUAGUACUGCUAUGCAUAUAAUCACA